AUGAAGACAUUCUUUACCCCAUCCUCACUCAUCACCGCUCUACUGGUGCUCUUGUCUCUAGCUGCCGAUGCGCGUAGUACUCCUGUCGUGCCAGUCCGGAGCAAUGGCGUACACCUGCCGGUCGCGAAACGCUUCAACUUCACCGGAGCUGCGAAAAUCCUUGAACGGGACCAGGCGAGGGUGCGGAAAUUGCGCGCUCGAGCGGCUGCUCGUCUCAGUGGCGAAACGCUGUCACCCGACGUCGGAGCGGCGAGCGUGCUGGCGCUAAACCAGGCUACUCAGUACGUUGUGACUGCAGCCAUAGGCACGCCACCCACAACGUAUGAGCUUGUCGUCGACACCGGGAGUGGGAACACAUGGGUCGGGGCGGGACAAGUCUUCAGACAGACGUCGAGUACGCGUCAAACCCGAGACCAUGUGGUCAGUGUCAUUUUCACCGACUCUUUCCAGUUGUCGUCCUCUCUGCCAUUUUCGGGGCAGUCUUUUGGCGUUGCCUCAGAGCAAAACGUUGUUCAGGGCGUGGACGGAAUUCUUGGGCUAGGUCCAGCAGCCCUCACCGUCGGGACGCUCAGCCCAGACUCCAACUUGGCGCUCGCGACGGUUACCGACAACCUCUUUUCCCAGGGUGUGAUACCCCAGGAUAUGGUGGCGAUAUCCUUUCAGCCCACAGACACGCCGAUGAUCGUUAACGGCGAGCUUACUUUUGGGGGCACGGACACGAGUAAAAUCACCGGAACGAUCACAUUUGCGCCUAUCACGUCCACGAGCCCCUCGUCACUGUUCUUUGGGAUCUCCCAAACUGUCAGAUACGGAACAUCCACAAGGCUCUUGAACAACGCCCCCGGGAUCUUUGACAGCGGCACUACGCUUGUCCUGCUCGCCACAGACGCGUUGAAGACCUAUACGCAAGCUGUCGGCGCGGUCUUCGAUAACACUACGCAGCUCUACCGCAUUACAAACACGCAAUUCUCGAACCUGCAGAGCCUGUUCUUCACCAUCAAUGGGGUCGUCUUCGAGUUCACCGCCAAUGCACAGAUCUGGCCCCGUGCUCUCAACGCUUUGAUUGGAGGCAACACGGACAGCAUCUACCUCAUCAUCGGCGACAUCGGCUCCUACUCGGGCUCGGGUUUGGACUUCGUCAACGGUCAAACAUUCAUGGAGCGCUUCUAUACCGUCUUCGACACGGAGAAUCGCCGCGUCGGUGUCGCGAACACACCGUUUACGCGGGCUACGACCAACUGA